AUGAAGUUCGAUGCCUUCCAGAUGAUCUCUCUCGGUGCUGCCAUGGUCGUCAUGUUUGGCCAGUCUGUCAAACUUGGUAUAUACGCCGUUGCUCUCGUUGACAUUCCCAAUGCCAAGUCGCCUAUCAAGUUUGCUCAUGUUGAACUUGGUAUCGAUGUUACGGUUGACUUUGACUACGGAACCAUGAAAGUGGAAGUGCAGGCGGUUGAUAUCUUGGAGUUCUAUCACCUGGUACUGCAGGCAAGCAGUCAACAGAAAGAGACUCUUGCGGCUGAUGAAGAACGAGGUUUGAUCGCUGAAGACGAAAAGGACAUUAUUCCCCAGUAUCCUAACCAAGGACACACAUUCCUAGUCACUUCUGGCUUGUGGAAUAAUUGUUCUUCUACUGAUCGACCUCAGAAUGGGGAUUGGGUCGUUCGCGGAGGAUCAUUCUCGUUCGUCGUUGGAUGCAAGAUGGCAGCCCAAGAUGUCAAGCUAGUCGACGAGAAUGGCAAAACAGUCAACCCAAUCUCAUCCGAAGGUCCUCUGAUCUUCGCUCGGCCGAUGCACCUCAAAGAGGCCAUGAGCAAGUCAGAGAUGAAGAUUGAGAUCCUUCAAGAUGGUGUCGCUCAUGCGAAAUGGGAUGAUGAGAGUCAAGAUCCUUCCAAGAGCAGUCAGGGUAACAAUGUCGACGAUUUACUCGACAAUAACGCUGGUAGCAAGAACCUUAUGAUGGGCGUUCUCAUGCAAGACCCACCAGCUAUUAUGUCCAGAGAUACUUUGAAAGCCUUCAACAUCCUUGCCCAGGGCGAGAGAGCACCGGAUGCGAAGAAACAUUUCCCUGAGACAGAAUCACCCAAAGAUGCCUGGAAUCCCAGUGAACUAAAGGAUGACGCCGAGCAAUGGGACGAUGUCCAUAUCAAGUGAUUUUCGCCAGAGUGGAACGAGGGUCAUGAUGG